UUCAUAGUGUACAAAUGACAACGUCGGAGUCACUAUGGCAUGACGAAGAUGAUACACUCUCUGAUGAGUCGGAUUUUAUUGGAACUGCCCAAACGAGAGCCGUGCUGCAGCAGCGGAUUGGCAAAGGGCUGAAACGCCAUACCGAGACGGCUCUAUCUGAGGUAGUGUUGGAUGUUGUAGCGAAGCGGCGUAGACUGGAGACUCGUAAACAUGAGCGAGCAGUCUCGGGGAUAUUGUCGGCAUUUUCCGCGACCGGUAUUACAACGAACCACAACGUGACCGACUGCCUCAGAUUUCGACCACAGGUUAAGGCUACGCAAGCAAAGCUCCUAGAGGGCCCCACGGCCGUGAAAGUUAUAGCCGCCAUCAAUACUGUAGUCGAAGACCACUCGCGGGAUAACGAGCUCGAUUGCGACCCAUCAUGCUGGCAACACCGGACCGAGACCAUCAAUGCAUUCCUCAACCGGGGGCCUGUUGCUGAACCUUCCACUGCCGUUCUCGGUCCAUGGCUAUGGGUAAGCAACCCGAGUCCAAAUAGACAGAUAUCCUCGCAGGUCAACGUCACAGCGUUUGUAGAGCAAGGCGCUCGGAUUCUGAGCCGGAUCAAUAAUCCGAAAAUCGAUAGUCAAGCAGAGGAAGUUGAGGUGUAUCGAAAACCCACCAAACGCCAACUUACUUUACGUGCCCAACUCGAAGAUGAACUUAUCGAGCUUGCUGUCAAAACAGACACGCUUUGCGGCAAAUGGAUGUUGUUCCCUUCGCAGGAUGAUCUGCAGCAAACCUGGCAGCUCGUGUCAGAAGCUACGUCUCAGGGCAAGCUUGGCCCGAGGUCCAAGGUGGCAACUUACGACCAAAGCGAUCCCAGUGGAUCUCGAGUUAUUUGCGUAUACACAUAUGACUUCACCGACAAAGACGAUGUCUUCCGCGUGCUCAGCGAGCUUGCUAGCCUGAACGUCUCGCCGGGUUUAUCAGCAGGUCGCUCGUCAAUAUACUACAAGUGCGAUGCCUACACCUACCUCGAUAUCAAUUCAGGCAACCCGUACGGCAUCAGGGCGAGCUUGUUCGCAAGCAAUGGCGGAGGGAGUGGAGGUCCUGUCGAAAGGCUGCUGAGGAAGCGGAAACUUGCCUCCCAAGAAGCAGUUGGCGGACACCCUGACCGCACACGUUCCUUAUGGCUGUAUUAGUGAGCCCGCAACGCUUGCAAAUGGGACUUUACGCCGCAUUCUGGAACAAUACGGUACCUAUAGGCUGCGCCACAGUCAGUGCAUGAU